CGCUCACUUUCGGCGAUUUUGAAACAGCGCAAAAAGGAACACGAAAAGGAACAUUCUCUCCCAGGACGACGACGCACCUUUGUAUGAACCACCACCACCGCCACCACCGCCACCACCAUAGCCAUCCCAUUCUCUCCUCAGAUCCAAUCCAUCCGGAGAAGAGCCGGAGAUAGCGAAUUCGUGUACCGAGAUCGGAGAUUUUUCAGAAGCUGAGCUCUUCUGAGUUCUGUCCGGAUGGAGGAGAAGCUGAUACAGCGGUUGGAAGCGGCGGUCGGUCGCUUGGAGGCGAUAUCUGCCGCCCGAGGCGUUUCCACCGCGGGUGAUGCCGGCGGAGAUGCGUCGGCCGCGACGGAUCCGGCGAUCCUGGCCUUCGACGAUCUGAUGGCGCAGUACUUGGCUAGGGUUUCGAGCGCGGCGGAGAAGAUUGGAGGGCAGGUGUUGGACGUCACCAAGGUUGUUCACGAAGCUUUCAGCGUCCAAAAGGAGCUUCUCAUCCUAAUCAAGCAAACUCAGAAACCUGACCUCGCAGGGUUGGGCGAGUUUCUUAAGCCACUAAAUGAAGUAAUCAUGAAAGCAAAUGCAUUUACUGAGGGAAGGCGAUCUGAUUGCUUUAACCACUUGAAGGCUGCUGCUGACAGUCUUGGGGCAUUAGCAUGGAUUGCAUACACAGGCAAAGAUUGUGGUAUGAGCAUGCCAAUUGCUCAUGUGGAGGAAAGCUGGCAAACGGCAGAGUUUUACAACAACAAGGUACUGGUGGAGUACAGGAGCAAAGACCCAGAUCAUGUGGAAUGGGCAAAAGCUCUGAAAGAACUCUAUUUGCCAGGUUUAAGGGGAUAUGUGAAAGCUUUUUACCCGUUGGGUCCAGUGUGGAAUCCUAAUGGAAAAAUAGCCACUUCUGCUGUGUCAAAAGCUCCAGCAAAAAGUGCACCUGCACCUGCCCCUCCUCCUCCCCCACCUGCUUCGCUCUUCAGUUCCGAUUCUCCACAAGCUUCAUCAUCACACCCAAAGCAAGGAAUGGCUGCUGUUUUCCAGGAACUAAAUUCUGGGAAGCCUGUAACUGUUGGGCUAAGAAAGGUCACGGAUGAUAUGAAGACAAAGAACCGUAGCGAUAGAACUGGAGUUGUUGGUGCCAGUGAAAAAGAAGGUCGUACUGGUUCAUCUUUUUCAAAAGCUGGACCUCCUAAAUUUGAGCUACAAAUGGGUCGGAAAUGGGCCGUUGAAAAUCAAAUUGGAAAGAAAAACUUGGUUAUUGAUGACUGUGAUACAAAACAAACUGUCUAUGUGUUUGGAUGCAAAGAUUCUGUCUUGCAGAUUCAAGGGAAAGUUAACAACAUAACUGUUGACAAGUGCACUAAAAUGGGAGUUGUAUUUACGGAUGUCGUUGCUGCUUGCGAGAUUGUGAACUGCAGCGGGGUUGAAGUGCAAUGUCAGGGAUCAGCUCCAACGAUAUCUGUGGAUAACACCGCUGGCUGUCAGUUGUAUUUGAGCAAAGAUGCCUUGGGUGCAUCCAUAACAACAGCUAAGUCAAGCGAGAUCAAUGUUUUAGUACCUGGCACCGAGCCUGACAGUGAUUGGGGUGAGCAUGCUUUGCCGCAGCAGUACAUUCAUGUAUACAAAGAUGGGCAGUUUGUGACUACUCCAGUCUCUCACUCCGGAGGGUGAAUGGGAUUUCUUCGGCUGUCCGGUGCCUUCCAUGAUUCUUCCAUUCUUUUGGCGGUUGAUGGUGGUUUUAUAGUUUUUCUUUUGCCUGAUUCAUUUGCUAGUAGAACUCGACUACAUGGUUGUAUGCUCUCCUGCUUUGCUUGGAUCAUCAAGUUCUUCAUUCUUGAUAUAUAAGGUUUUGUAGAUCUGUUCCUUCAUGGGUUUGGUGGCUGUGAGCCUUUUUGUCUACGUCCUCAUAUUGUAUAAGAAUACACUCUGUAAUGUGUUCUGCUAAUUUCAAUCUUCUGACAUUGUGAUUGUGUUAA